AUGGGCGUUCAGGAUUUACCAAAAUACGUUGACACUUUGCCUUGUGGCAAACAUGGUGUUUGGGAAUUUGAUGAACUACGGGACACAAACCUUAUCGUUGAUGGCCGUGGUUUAUGUUAUUAUAUUCACUCUUCCAAUCGUUUAGACAUGAAAUAUGGAGGGCAAUAUCAGCAGCUGCAAGACAAAGUAAGGGAGUUUGUUGCAAAGCUUCAAUCCAACAAUGUCGUACCAUACGUGGUUUUUGAUGGCAUCAUGACAAAAGACGAAAAGAAGUUUCAUACGAAACUCAAAAGAAAGCAAAAAUGUGUAAAGCGAAUGAAAGCUAUGUGGUCAUCCAGAUCAUCUACCAAUGAUGUGGUUAUUCCAUGCCUUGCCCAAAUUGCGUUUGUGCAAGUUUUGCAAGAACUUGAUGUCAAAUAUGCUGUGGCUGAUUUUGAAGCGGAUUGUGAAAUUGCAUCUCUCGCAAAUGAACUGGAUGCUCCUGUGAUGGCAAAAGACAGCGAUUUCUACAUUUUCAACAUCAAAUGUGGCUACAUUCCAUUCCCACAUUAUAAUUUCUCGUGCAGAAACACCACAGUGAAAAAAUUCAAAUUCCAAAACUUUGCCAAACACCUUGGCAUUGACCCUGGUAUGUUACCUCUGUUUGCCUCGUUGAUCGGAAAUGAUUAUGUCUCUGAGGACGUGUUGGAACAAUUCAUGGUGUACCUUCAACAACCAACAGAUAAGAUUCCAGCCAUUGCAAAGUUCCUAUCUAAAUAUAAGAGCAAUGAUGCAUCAACAGUAUUUGAGGCUGUAGUGAAGUUAAUUCCAAGCGGUCUCCAGGAAGAAUUUAGGGACAAAUUGCGUCUUUCUGUUGAAGAAUACCAAACGAAAGAAAGCAAUCUGAUAGGAUAUUUCAAGUCUAAUGACCUCAGUUGCAAUAUUGUUACAUUUAACCAUCAUUCUUUACCGCAGUGGGCUGUUCAGUUGUUUCGAGCUGAUUCAAUUGCACAGUCGGGUUUCGCAUUUUUGUGCAAUCUAAAGGUUUUCCUCAGACCCCAAUGUGAGGACACAUCAAAGCCCUCAGCACAAGCAUGUGUUCAGAAGCUCAGAUGGUGGUACUAUUAUGCCAUGCUUCAGCACUUCGAGAAUGCAGCCAUUGGUAGAGAGUUGGGGCAGCCCCAAAGCGAAGCUGGUGCACAAAGCCUGGAAAUAACUGUAACUGAGUUUGACAGAAAAGAGUCAGAAUAUCCUGAGGAAGGAACUUGGAAGUUUAACCUAAAAGAGAUCAUCUCACAGAUCGAUGUUAAGAUUGAAGACAUACGCAAGAUGUUCGAUGAUGAUAAGAAAAGCCACUUAUUAAAGUUACUUGAUUCUGAUAAACCAUUCAUACACAAUCUUGAAAUUGAACAUCAGUUAGUAGUGGCAGCCCUGAGGUACUGGAUAAUCAAAUGUGAUGUUAAUCAAAAGCAGCUGGCUGCAAUUUUGGUCCACUAUGUUGCUCCAUUUCAACAUCUGCAAGCAGCAAAACUGUACAACGGUAAACAAGUGUGUUUGGUACAUAAGAGACUGAUCAGCGAAGAAGGUGUUGAGGCUGAGUCCAUGGUGAUCGACCUUGACUUAUAUUGCCAACUUCACAACCUCAUCACGAAAAAUAUACGAGAUGAUUGGCAGUUAAACACUAAUUUCUCGACAGGAAACAGAUUUGCUGUUCUGGCGGAAUCAAACUAUUAA